AUGCAGCAAUGGGAGGUUGGGCCGGUGCCAGAGUACAUUUACUCGGGCAAUUCUGCCGGUCACACCAAUCAGAACUUGAAUGACGUGCAGGCAGCCGAAGUUGUGCAGCCGCCACCGCAGCAGCAGCAGCAGUCGCAGCCAUGGGGAGCUCCCCAACACCCGUCGCAUAUUCCAAAUAUACCCGGCACCAUUCAACCAAUGCAGGCCCACAACCAAUCACCAUUUGCUAACAACCCUUGGUAUAGCCCUCAAGGCCACCCGGGCUACCCCCAGGCAGACAUGUCCCGUCGCAGUGAUCAGCAGAUGGACUACCGCUAUACCACAGCCCCACCACAGCAGACCCAGCAGCAGCAGCCGCCCCAGCAGCACCACCCAGGCGCGGCACAGCCACCUAUGAAUGUUGCCCAACAGCAACAGCACCAGCAGCAACAACAACAACAUCAGGCACAGCAUGCGCAGCAUGGACAGCAUCCCUCUAUGAUCCAGGGCCAACACCCACACCAGCAACAACACGCACAGUCUCAGCCCCACCAGUCGCCGCAGCAGCAUAUCCAGCAGCAUGGUAAUGCCGUCCAACAGUCACCCCAGGCUGUUCAACAGCAACAGCAGCCACAGGCGCAGCCCCAGCAGCAACAGCCCCCGACGCCCCAGCAACAACAGCAACAGGUGACUCCGACACCCGCUCCAGCUCCGGCUCCGACUCCCCGUCAGCGGAAGCGACCUGCGCCCUCAUCGAAGGCCGCCGCCGCCGCCGCACCCGCUGCCGGUGCUGCUAUGUCCAAUACGCCGGUUGCAGGGGCACCGCCGCAGUCACCCGCAGUUUCCACUUCGGCGACCUCGGCCCCACCCGCGCCGGCUGCAACAGCCAUCAAGCCACCACCCGCCGACGAGGCGAAUGCUGCUCCGCAGCCUCCGCCCGCCAAGAAAAGUCGAACCAACACACCUUGGACGGCGGCCGAAGAGCACAUGCUGAAGCAGAUGAGAGAUCAGGGACUUAGUUGGGCAGAGAUUGCAAAGUCCUUUCCGCAGCGCACCGAAGGGAGUGUGAAGAAGCAUUGGUACAAGGUUUGUAGUGGCUCCUGUCAACUCGAUCGCAUCUUUGCGCUUGCUUUCGGUACUGACUCGCUUGACUUUCAGGAUAUGCACUACGCAGAAUUCGCAGAGAACGAGAGUCAAGAUCUGCUCAACGCGAUCAAAGAAUACGAGUCGAAUAAGUGGAAGACGAUUGGCCAGAAAGUUGGCAAGCCUGCCAAGGCUUGUGAACAGUACGCCAAGGAACACUUUCCCGAACUGUUCCCCAACUCGGGCAAGUCGAGAUAA